ACUCGUGUUUCGCGACAAUGAUAGCUUGUUUAACACAUUGAAUAUUCAUUCUUCGAAUAAUAUUAAUCAUAAGUGGAAAAUAAAACGUAAAUUAUUAAUUAUAAAUUAAUAGAAGCAAUAUUAAUAGAAAUAUGAAUAGGAUUUUGUGUAAUAAGUAGCAGGUUUUCAAUUUGUUUCAAUUUAAUUUGAUUUUAUAUUGAUUGUGAAGUUGUUAAUGAAGAUAAGUGCAGUCACCUAUUUAACAAAGGACGAUAAUUGAAUUCAAGAAAAUGAAGAUAUCAACGACUUUACUUCGACAACUUUAUAUAGUUAUUGUUGUUAAUCUAUCAUCAGUAGGACUGGGUCUGACAAUGGCGUGGAAUUCGCCGAUGCUUUACAAACUGAUGUACGAAGACACACAGUUAUCCCACAGGAUCACCAGCAGUGAUGCGUCAUGGAUCGUCUCCAUUGGAUACCUUGCCGCUAUAUUUUUUUGCCCUUUAACCUCGUGGGUGUUAGAUCCCAUGGGAAGGAAACUUUGCCUCCUAGCAUUUGGAACUAUAAGAGCUACAUUAGGCUUAAUAUUAGUAUUCGGAACAGAAGUAUGGAUGCUUCUUGUCGCGAGAGCAAUAAAUGGAAUUUUUGAAAUUGGAAUUUUAAUGAUUUUACCUUCUUAUUGCGUGGAGAUAUCUAGUAAAGAAAUACGAGGCGCUUUGGGUACUAUAUCUCAAAUGGCGUCGUCUGUUGGCAUGCUGAUCAUGUUUGGAUUUGGGCCUUUCUUAUCAUACCUGAAUGUUAACAUCAUCUACGUGGUAGCCUUAUACGCGACAGUUAUACCUUUACUCUUUGUACCAGACAGCCCUUACUCACUGUUGAGGAAAGGAUUAAAAGAUGAGGCGUUUGAAGUGCUCAAGCUUCUCCGAGGGUCGGAAAUGGCGGCGCAACAGGAACUUAAGGAGAUGACAGUAGUACAUGGAUGCCAAGUAAAAGUCAAGGAUUUGCUGAAAGACAGAAUAUUCCUAAAAGCAUUGUCCAUCAGCGUACUUUUGUCCAUAGGAUUUCAAUUGAUUGGUUAUAGCGCUGUCACUGUAUACUUACAAAGUAUUAUGGACAUUACCAAGACGAGUGUGUCUUCAAAUACAAUAUCUGUCAUUUUUGGCGUAAUGCAAAUUAUUGCAAGCCUUGUGUCAGCGCUUUUAAGUGAUAAGGCGGGAAGGAAAAUCAUUCUCUGCGUUACACUAUUUGGGACAUCAAUCGGAAUGGCUGGCCUUGGUUUAUUCUUCUACGCAAAUGACUCGAGCGACUCAAUAGUUGGGUUUAUGAAUUAUUUACCCAUUGUCUCUGUGAUUAUAAUUGUCCUGUGCUACAAUGCAGGCAUGGGCAGCUUGUGUAUAUUAGUAUGCACAGAAUUAUUCGACAGUCCAGCGAGAACUACAAGCGUUAGCAUCAGUGUUAGCAGUUCAUUAAUAUUUGCCUUCCUGAAUCUAAAGUACUUCCCACUGCUAAGUGAACUAAUGGGAGCAGCUGCGGUCUUUUGGUCUUUUAGUGCCAUUAACUUGUUAUACGUCUUGUUUAUAAUGUUCUGUGUGCCUGAGACGAAGCGUAAAUCGUUCCUGGAAAUACAAAGAGCUUUAGGUCGGAGAGAAGAUAAGAAAGAAGCAGUCUGUGCAUGAUACAGAAUGUAAUCAGAGAACAAGGUUUAUUAAACAAAUAUUUGCGUGUGUUAUUUGCAUGUUAAUUACGUUCUCUGUUCAGUAAGAACGUGUUUAUUUAAUUUUAUCCAUGCUUUGCAAGAUUAAUUUUAUAUUAGGAUAGGGUUUAUAUAGGUACGUACUAAAUAUACGGACUUGAAACGAAUUCUUGUAGGUAGUAUAUACUGAGAAUGCUCGAAAGUGUUAUAAAUAAAAAUCACGUAAUAAUAUUGUAAAAAUGUACAACAUUAUGAUUUGAAUUGCUUACUUAUAAUAUAGAUGUAAGUAUUGAAUCGCUACUUAAGAACUUUUUAUGUUAGUUUUUCUAGUCGUAUUAAAAACACAGAUGUCACGGUAAAAAUUUGUCAACUAAAAAGUACAUAAUAUUUAUUCAAGUUUCUGUGUGUAUUUAGUAAGUAAAUAUCGUUUUUUUUAAUUCGUGGAACAAAUAAGUUAGAAGUGCGUACUGCAACUAUUCGUAUAAGUCUUGUCGUGAAACUAGGAUUACCGUCUUAAUAAUAAUGAAUCCCUGAUAAUUAAGUUCGGAUUAUGAAAUUCUAAUGAUUUUAGAAAUCCUUAGAGAUUUCUUAAAAUUAAACUUUUAAUAUAUCGCCUCAAUUUUUUUCGUCCAU